AUGGCGUCUACAGAAGAGGCAUCAAGGAGCCUAUUUCAAGAUCUGGAUGUUAAACUCCCUGGUAUGUCCGAGAAGGAUCUUGAAGAGCUAAAGGCUGCCAUUGAAACAGGGAACCUUUCGGAAGCAGCUCAAAAAGCACAGGAGGCCCUAGAGCUGUCAAAAAACACCAAGCUCAACAUCGCCAUCACAGGGGAGUCGGGAUCUGGGAAAUCGUCCUUCAUCAACGCCAUGCUGGGCUUAGCCGACGAUGACAAAGGAGCGGCCAAGGUUGACAUCAUAGAAUCCACAACAGAGCCAAUUGAUUAUCUGCAUCCCAUGCUCCCCAAUGUGAAGAUGUGGGACCUGCCUGGGAUCGGGACUCCAAGUUUCCGGCCUGACACCUACCUUCAACAGGUCAGCUUUGCCCGCUAUGACUUCUUCAUCAUUGUCACUUCGAAGCGCUUCAGAUCCUGUAAUGCAGACCUGGCCCAGGAGAUCCAGAAGAUGGGGAAGAAGUUCUACUUUGUGCGCUCCAAAGUGGACGAGGACUUGAGAAAUGAAAGUAAAAAAAGAAACUACGACCAGGAGACCACCUUGCAGAGAAUCCGAGACGACUGUGUGGAGAAGCUGAGGAAUGAAGGGGUAAAUUCCCCGCAGGUUUUCCUCAUUUCCAGGUGGGAAUUUGACCAAUACGAUUCUCCCCAACUGCAGGAAACUCUGGCCAAUGAACUGGACUCUCACAAGAGACACAUUUUCCUCUUGGCACUUCCCAACAUCUCAAGGCCAAUCCUGGAUAAGAAAAAAGCAGCCCUGGUGAACCAGAUCUGGAAACGAGCCCUGAAGUCGUGUGCCAUUGCAGCUGUUCCCAUCCCCCACCUCUCUGUCUCAUGUGACGUUGACAUCCUGGUGGAAUCCAUGACUGAGUACUGCAAAGUCUUCGGUUUGGAUGAAGAAUCCCUUGUUAAACUCUCCAUACAGGUCAGGAAACCCGUGUCUCAGUUGAAGGGUGUGAUCAAAACCCCAUUGGCCAAGGAAAUAUCAAGAGAAGAUGCUUUGGAGCUGCUGAGCAAGGUUUCAGGUAGUGUAAUGGGGCUAUGUCUCACUGGGUCUUUUAAAUCAUCUAAGUCUACUUAUUUUGACUGGGAGCAAGUGGACAAGGAGAUGGGUGAAAUCAUGAUAAAUAUUAAAAAGUACAUAAGCCUCCUACCAGUGUGUGGAACCCUCCUAGCUGCAGAGAUCUCGUUGCUAGCCACAUUCAAUGCCCUGUAUGCCUUUCUGGAAGGUGUUGCUGGGGAUGCUCACCGGGUGCUCACCGAGGCUCUGGAGGUGGCAGAGAAAAAGUCAGUUUAGUGGCACUGGGGAGGAUGGUCUUGCAGUCAGAGUGUUGGAGUGUGACUCAGGAGACAUCGGUUGUGUUCCUAGUUCUACCAAAGCCUGCCUGUGUGAGCUUUAUCACAUCUAGUCAUCUCUGUGCCUCAGUUUCCCUUGCCUAUAACAUGGGGAGAAUAAUAUUUUGUAGACUUUGUAAACUGGUUGGGGCCAGAAGUCACCUACUACAGGACAGGAACAACAAAGAAAAUAACAGAACGCCACUAACUGUCACCUUCAGCCUCUAACUAAAACCUCCCCAACGUAUCUUCAAGGAUCUACAACCUAUCCUGAAGGAGAAUCCCUCACUCUCAUAGAGAUUGGGAGACAGGCCAGUCCUUACUUACAGACAGCCCCCCAACCCGAAGCAAAUAUUCACCGGCAACUACA